AUGUUCCACGUAUCUCGAUUCGUUGUUCGUGGUCAGGCACACGUGAAGGUUUGUGCCCGGCUGGCCGCGCUCCAGUCCAGCCGCCACAUCACUACCAGCCGCACGGCAAGUAAAGAUGUUGGCUUCCGCACAGAGUCAGACACGUUCGGUGAGUUGAAGGUGCCGAACGAUAAAUACUAUGGCGCACAGACUGUUCGCUCGACGAUGAACUUCCCGAUCGGUGGUCCAACCGAACGUAUGCCGCAGCCCGUUAUCACUGCCAUGGGUAUCCUGAAGAAGGCGGCUGCCCUCGUCAACAAGGAGUACGGGCUGGAUCCCAAAGUUGCCGAUGCAAUUUCACAGGCCGCUGAUGAUGUGAUCUCGGGCAAGCUGUACGAUGAUCAUUUCCCGCUCGUUAUUUGGCAGACGGGUUCGGGUACGCAAACGAACAUGAACGUGAACGAGGUGAUCAGUAAUCGUGCGAUCGAGAUUCUUGGCGGACAGCUCGGCUCAAAGACGCCCGUACAUCCGAACGACCACGUGAACAAGUCGCAAUCGUCCAACGAUACGUUCCCGACGGCGAUCCACGUUUCGGUUGCCCGUGAGCUGACGGGAAAUUUGCGCCCGGCCAUCAAAACGCUGCAUGAUGCCCUUAAGGCAAAGUCGCACGAAUUCAAGGACAUCAUUAAAAUCGGUCGCACGCAUACGCAGGACGCAGUGCCUCUAACGCUUGGCCAGGAGUUCAGUGGCUACGUGCAGCAAAUGGCCUUUGCGCUGGAUCGCAUCGAAGCCGUGCUGCCGCGUGUGUACAUGCUGGCGAUCGGUGGCACCGCCGUUGGUACGGGCUUGAACACACGUGUCGGAUUCGCCGAGAAAGUUGCGGCCAAGAUCGGUGAGCUGACGGGAUUACCGUUUGUUUCGGCACCGAACAAAUUCGAAGCGCUCGCUGCUCGCGACGCGAUGGUGGAAGUGUCCGGAUGUCUGAAUACGAUUGCUGUUAGCUGUAUGAAGAUUGCGAACGAUAUCCGUUUCCUCGGAUCGGGCCCACGGUGCGGUUUGGGUGAGCUGAGCCUACCAGAAAAUGAACCGGGCAGUUCGAUCAUGCCGGGCAAGGUUAAUCCAACCCAGUGCGAAGCGAUGACCAUGGUAUGCGCUCAGGUUAUGGGCAACAAUGUAGCCGUUACUGUGGGUGGAUCGAACGGCCACUUCGAACUGAACGUGUUCAAACCCUUGGUAGUGUCGAACGUGUUGCGAUCGAUCCGGUUGCUUUCCGACAGCGCGCGAACAUUCACGAAGAACUGUGUAGUGGGCAUUGAGGCAAACCGAGCCAACAUUGACAAAAUUAUGAACGAAUCACUGAUGCUUGUUACCGCUCUAAACCCACAUAUUGGCUACGAUAAAGCGGCCAAGAUUGCCAAAACGGCGCACAAGGAAGGCACAACCUUGAAGCAGGCGGCCCUCAAGCUAGGCUACCUAAACGAACAGCAGUUUGCCGACUGGGUGAAACCGGAGAACAUGCUCGGACCAAAGUAA